AUGAGCACAGAAAUUUCAUUUAGCACUUGGAAUAUUAAUGGUAUAUUCAAUAGCGUCCUUGGAGAUAAAACCAAAAACAAGGACUUUAUUGAUUCUAUUUCUAAGAUCGAUUUCAUAUUUAUAAAUGAAACAUGGACAAACACAUGUUUAAACAUUCCAGGAUUUGAGGCUAUUAUUUCUGAAACAGCCAAACCAGUUACUAACCGGGCAUGCCGAAAAUCAGGCGGCAUUAGCCUGUUAUUCAAAAGCAAAUUUAAGAAAUAUGUAAGCAUUAUUAAGAAUACAAAAAAUUUUUUGUGGAGCAAAAUCUCCAAAGAAAUCUUAAACUCUGAUCGGGAUCUAUACAUGUGUGGUACAUACAUCCCACCUGAAAAAUCAAAGUACUUUGAAAACAAAAUUUUUGAAGAACUUGAAAAUGAUCUAGUCCUUUUCUCAUCCAAAGCAAAUAUACUUCUUCUUGGUGAUCUAAAUGCUAGAACAAGCAAACUCAAAGAUUAUAUUUCAAGUGAUGGAAGUAAUCACAUUCAAGACACUAGUGGUAACUCUUUUCAACCACCACAAAGACAAAACCUUGACUCAACAACCAAUAAUCAUGGUAAAAAAAUUAUUGAAAUUUGCAAAAGUACUGACAUGAGAAUUCUUAAUGGUCGGACCAAUGGUGACUCCUUGGGAAGACCAAGUUUUCAUAGUAAAAAUGGAACCAGCUCAGUUGAUUAUAUCAUUUGUAACCAAAACUUAAUGCCGAAAGUUAAACAUCUAGUUGUUAAAUCCCCUAACUAUCUAUCUGACCAUAGUCAAGUUAUAACUUGGAUUAACUUACACCAAACCACUAACACUAUUAAUAAUACUCCCUUACAACCCCCAAUAUCAAAAUUACCACUACAAUAUAUUUGGAACAAUGAAUCAAAUGAGAACUUUAAAAAAACGUUAAAAUCAGAUGAACUACAAGAGAAACUAAGCACAUUCCUUGAAAAUGAUUUCUCUUCUGACAGAGAGGGCAUAAACAAAUGUGUCAAUGAAUUUGAAAACAUUAUUAACGUUGCAUCCAAAAAAUCUCUUAAAAUCAAAAAGAAGAAAUAUAGACGAAAUAUUAAUAAUGUUGCAAACAAAAAAUGGUUUGAUAAAGAUUGUAGAUUUGAAAGACACCAGCUUAGAAAACUUGCAAAUCAGAAACAUAGAGAUCCAAACAACACUGAAAUCAGAAGUGCAUACCAUACUGCUUUGAAAGACUAUAAAAGCACUUUAGAAAUGAAAAAGAAAAAUUUCCAUUUCGAUAAAAUCCAAGAAAUUGAAAAACAUUAA